AUGGCAUCAAAUUUAAAAACUACGGAUACAGAGAAAUUAAAUAUGGGAAUGAAAUCAAUAGUAAGUGAAUUUGAAGUCAGUUGUGAUAAAGCCAAACAAUUGAAAGAUAACAAAGAGUUAUACAACCAAAUGAAAUAUACUGUCAAAAAGUUAUCAAUUGAAGGAGAAAGCAUUGACUAUGCUACACAACUUUCAAAUUUCAGUGAAGCUUUAAAAAAUGAACAAUUGUUUUACUUUAAUAAGACUGGAAUUUCUCAAAACUUUUUAUCAAGAGAUGUCCAAUUAGAAUCUGCUGCAAACAUCCUACAAGAAACCGGUAUUGAUGAUUAUAAUGCAAGUAGCCUAUUCACUAAAUAUUUGUCAAUGAUUGAAAAAUGUAAUAAGCAAAAAGAAUUUAUUGAUGACAUUGAUGAACAUUUAAAUAAAUUAAAAAUGAUAAUUGAACAACAGAAUGAUCUUAAAUGCGAAUUAUCUAAUAUUAACUACUCACCUAUAGGCUAUACAGCUGAACCUAUCAAUAUUAAGCCAAUUGAAAGUAUACAGACUGUAGACAACUGUGAUGAAAUUGUGCAGUUGGUCAAAAAAAUAACAGACAUUGAAAAGAAACAGGAAGAAAUUUGUUCAGAAACUUCUGAAUUAAAAUCUGAACAGAAAAAAUUGUACCAUGGAUUACCACCAAAUAUGGAUCAAGCAAUGAUGGCAGUACAAAUAGCAGAGCAAGCAAUGAAGGCUAUAACUAAAAAAUUAAUGGAAAAACUUUAG